CAGCAUGGAUGGAACGUGAGGCCCCAAUUCUCUGCUCAAAAAACUCACCUUCUGCUUCUCCCCCUCUUUUCUCUUCUUCACACACACACACACACACACACAGCGGAGGCCAAAAUGCAGCUGCUUCAGGCUCCUCUGCCAUUCCGAUGCUCCAUAUCGCAAUCAAACGCCAGAGCGGCGCAUGUCGCCCCGAAGUCAUUUUCCGAACCAAUUUUUGCUGCUUCCGCCUUACCUCCUAGGCAUUUUAAGCCUGCCUUCAUUUCUUCUGGCGAUGCACUAUCUACCUCAAUUUCACCUAAAGCUGCUUCAUCCCAAGCGCCUGUUACUGAAGUAUCAAGUCAAACAGUCGAGGCGGAGGUACUAAAGGCUUUGUCUCAGAUCAUCGAUCCAGAUUUUGGUACUGAUAUCGUCUCAUGUGGGUUUGUGAAGGAUCUUGAUGUCAACAAAGAAUCUGGAAAGGUUUCAUUUCAGUUAGAGCUCACAACGCCAGCGUGUCCAGUGAAAGACAUGUUUGAGCAGAGGGCCAAUGAGGUGGUUGCAGCUCUUCCCUGGGUUGAAAAGGUUGAGGUGACUAUGUCCGCUCAACCAGCAAGACCUCGUUUUGGGUCACAACUUCCAGCUGGUCUACAGACGAUAUCAAAUAUAGUGGCUGUUUCAAGUUGCAAGGGAGGUGUGGGAAAAUCAACUGUAGCAGUAAACCUUGCAUAUACUUUGGCUGGUAUGGGUGCAAGAGUUGGUAUAUUUGAUGCUGAUGUAUAUGGUCCUAGUUUGCCUACAAUGGUAUCUCCAGAAAAUCGGUUGCUGGAAAUGAACCCAGAGAAGAGAACUAUAAUUCCAACUGAGUACAUGGGAGUCAAGCUCGUUUCUUUUGGAUUUACUGGACAAGGUCGAGCUAUUAUGCGUGGCCCAAUGGUUUCAGGUGUGAUUGAUCAACUACUGACUACUACUGAAUGGGGUGAACUUGACUACCUAGUCAUAGACAUGCCUCCUGGAACAGGUGACAUUCAACUUACAUUAUGCCAGGUUGUCCCAUUGACUGCUGCCGUUAUUGUUACCACACCUCAGAAGCUAGCAUUCAUAGAUGUUGCAAAAGGAGUCCGCAUGUUUUCUAAGCUAAAGGUACCAUGUGUUGCAGUGGUUGAGAAUAUGUGCCAUUUUGAUGCUGAUGGAAAACGAUAUUAUCCUUUUGGCAGAGGUUCAGGUUCCCAGGUGGUUCAGGAGUUUGGGAUCCCUAAUCUGUUUGAGCUUCCUAUAAGACCAACUCUAUCUGUUUAUGGGGAUAGUGGAGUACCUGAAGUCGUGGCUGAUCCCCAAGGUGAAGUAGCAGGAACGUUUCAGGAUUUAGGUGUCUGUGUAGUGCAACAGUGUGCCAAAAUCCGCCAACAAGUGUCGACAGCAGUCACUUACGAUAAAUCUAUGAAGGCAAUCCGAGUCAAAGUACCUACAUCAGAUGAAGAAUUCUAUUUGCACCCGGCAACUGUGAGGCGAAAUGAUCGAUCUGCAGAAAGUGUGGAUGAAUGGACCGGUGAGCAGAAACUGCAGUAUGGAGACAUACCAGAGGAUGUCGAACCUGAAGAAAUCCGGCCAAUGGGGAACUAUGCAGUAUCCAUAACAUGGCCUGAUGGAUUUAACCAGAUUGCACCAUACGAUCAGCUUCAAACGAUGGAGCGUUUAGUUGAUGUUCCUAUACUCCUGGACUAAAUAGCAUCUUUGAAAAUCCACCACAAAUUUGUAUCUGCGGAGAGAUGCUUCUCAAUCCAUUCUCUAAGUUAUUUCUAACAUGUUGGGCAGCAGUAAAAGCUCAUAUUUCAAUUUAUUUUUUAUCUGUUUAGUCAUAGGCUAUAAAACCAGUUCAAGUUGUAUAUAGAUAGCGCUCAGAAUUAAAGAUCUUGUGAAAGAAAAUACUCAUAGCACUAAAUUCUUCAACAUGUACCUUUACUCAUUUAUACCCGAAUUUUGUCACGCUUCACUGCGGAAGGAAGAGAAGUGCUUGGAUGAGUA